CGAGGGAUCAGCCAGAAGAGAACAAGAGAAGCUGAGCAGAGCUGGAAUAAACGACAAAAGGGACAUUGUUCAAAUCAAAUGAGUGAAAGCAAAUUAUUUCUUCGACUCUUGCUGGGGUUCCUUCUCAGUGCGACAGGUGUACAUGCCUCCUGUCCCAUUGAGUUGAGCCCCCCAAGUGUUGUGGUGAAAUAUGGAGACCCAGUUUCAGUCAACUGCAGUACAACGGCGAGCCAGAUCGAAGGAAUGGGCUGGGAGGCUACACAUGAAGGCAUAAGUCUAGUGCAGGUCAAUCAUUUGACCUGGACUGUGAACACAACAGUAUGGGCCACCUCUGCCUCAUGUUACAUCAACCUAUUAGAUGGUCCAGAAGACCAGUGCUCUGUGAGCCUAAAACUUGUAGUUUACACAUUUCCAGAAACCAUCAACAUUAGCAGCAGCAGCUACGCUGGUGUGAUGAAAGAAAUGGAGGAAUAUAAGUUCACAUGUAACAUUGACCAUAUAGCACCUGUUCGGAAUCUCACAGUAUUGUGGUACAAAGGAGAUAAAGUCUUCCAUAUAGACACUUCUAACAAUACCAGUAAGGAACCAGUGAAUCAGCCAUCUGUCCUCAGCUUUAUACCGAAGAGAGAAGACAACGGAGUCACAUUCAGAUGUGAGGCACAUUUGGACCUGGGUCCAGAGGGCCCACACCUUAAUGUAUCAUCACAGGAGUAUAGUAUCACAGUUCACUUUGGACCAGAUGUAAACUGCUCUGACCCUGAGAUACUGGAAGGAGAAACUUUGGAGAAACAUUGUUUUGUGACAGGAAAUCCCACCCCGGCUGUCAGGUGGCUGAAAAAUGGACAGCACGUAGACCCGUCCAUACCUUUGAGCAGAGGGGAUGCAGGGCUGUACACCAUUAAAGAUGAGGCUUCCUCCUUCAUCCACAAACUCCGGGUUUUUGUAUUGUAUGGACCAGAGUUGACGUGUCCGAGCUCUUUCCAUGCACUGGAGUAUGCUCCUCACAACCUCACCUGCACGGUUGAGGGUUAUCCUCAACCUGAUAUAAUCUGGUCUAGAGAUGGCGAGGAGGUGGAGCUUCCAGAGAACAUAACAAGAAGGGAUGCAGGGCAGUACUUGAUCACAGCUUCAAACAAUCUGACAAGUGUCAACCUCACAGUAGAGAUUAAUGUCAUAUACCCACCGUCACAGAUAGUUGAGCUUGAAGACUCUGAAGUCGACGUUGGUUCUACUAUAUAUCUGAAGUGUUCCUCCAUGGGCAACCCACGGCCGACAUAUAUCUGGAAUUAUUACCGGACUUCCAAUGUGGUGGAGGAAAAUGAAGAUGGAGUGUCCCUUCUGGCCAUCUACAAUGCUAAUGCAUACAACAUGGGCUCUUACACAUGUCAUGCCUCGAAUGACAAAGGAAAUGUUUCUAAAACGGCCAGAGUCACUGUAAAAGGUGCCAAGCAAGAAUGCCCUAUUGAAAUAACUCCGGACAGGAUGGUGAUUGAAUACCAAAGCAAAAGCCAAUACGCAACAUGCAAGGCAGCAUCCAACGACUCCAGCAAUGUCAUCGGACAAAUACACUGGACGGUUCAAGGCGUCGAAACUGACAGCACAAGUUGGAUUGCUGACACCCAUAAAGACUGGGACCCAAAGCCUUUUUGUAAUGGGACAUUUAAAGGAAUAGGAAACUGCGGGAAACCUUUAGACUUCACUCUCUACAAAACACCAGACAGUGUCUCCAUCCAUCAUGUGGAUAACUUGAGCACAGUGUUGGAGGAGAGCGAGUUCAAGCUGCGGUGUGACAUUACCAACGUUGCUCCUGCACAAAACCUCACUGUGCUUUGGUACAGAGGGGAUGAAAAUUUUGAAACAAGCAUCAAAGGCUCAAUGCAAGUGACUGGCUGCCUGUCUGGGAAUAACUCAGACUGUGACAUCAAAAUGAUCCGAUCCCCGUUGAAUGUGUCUUCUAUCAUCACCGUCACUCUGAACAGAACGCACAACGGAAAAACGUUAAGAUGUGUGGCUCAUUUGGAUCUUGAACUUGACGGACAACAAUCUCCUCCAAACAAGACGUCGGAUCCUUUCAACAUCACUGUCAACUAUAAACCCACCAUUAAUACCACAAAGCUUCCAAAGACAAUCCCUGUGUUCAGAGGUUAUCCUGAGGACCUUGUUUGUGAGGCUGACGGUCACCCAUCUCCAAAGAUCCAGUGGCUCUACAGCUUAGGAAAAAAGCUAAAUAAGUCUGAAAACAAGCUCACCGUAGUUGAAGCAGGCAUCUACAACUGCAGCGCCACCAAUGAUGUCGAUUCCGUCUUCUAUGAGGUCGAAGUGAUUUUAAAAGAGGACUACCUUCCCCUCAUAGCUGGAUUUGUGGCUGUCACAGUAGUUGUCAUUUCCAUCAUCUUCCUCUUCAUCUACUCAAUCUAUUACAAGAACACCAGGAUGCGCCGCUACAGUCUUAAAAACCCCAAACUCAGCACCCACAAUGGCAACGUGGCUCACAACGGCUGGGACAUGCAGUUUCCUAUGACCAAACUGUCUUAUGCUAUGUUAAAGGUGUCGCUGUUUGGUGAAAUCAACAUGUGGGUCUUCAUAUUCUGCGGCUUCAUAGCGUGUACAGGAAAGGCUGUGAGUUCUUCCUGUCCAAUUAAGCUGAGCUUUCCCACAUCUGUGGUGAGAUAUAAGGACCCGUUCUUUGCCAACUGCAGCUCAUUAUCCGACCAGGUAGAGGGAAUGGGCUGGGAGUCUACAAACGGAGGUGAAUCGCUUAAAAAUGGGAUCACUUUUCUUGCCCUAAACAUAAGCUCUGUCACAGACUGGGCCUUAAAACCACAAUGCUAUAUCAAUUUGCUUAACGGUUCACAGUGUGUUGAAACCCUUCCAGUCACCGUUUACAAAAUGCCGGACAGUGUGUCUAUGUCUCCGCCGAGUGAAAUGGGCCCUCUGGUAGAGGGGAAAAACUACAGCAUGCAGUGUGACAUUUUUAAUGUUGCACCAGUAAGAAAGCUCUCUGUGCACUGGCACAAAGGAAAUAAGAUAGUCCAUAAGGAAACAUUUGACGAGUCCACUGAAAUUCCAGUCAAAAAGUCAUCUGUCUUCAGUCUGACGGCCCAUGCAGAUGAUAACGGAACUCAGAUCUGGUGUGAAGCAACGCUGAACCUUUUCGCUGAACCAGAUCUCAACCCGAUUCGAUCACAGUCACGUGGAUUGAUUGUUCUGUACUCACCAAUCUUCUCCAGGCCGGAAAAUGAGACGCUGGAAGCUUCAGCUGAUAGUCAAGUCACUUUAUAUUGCACUGCUAGAGGAAACCCAACGCCGGAAUACAGCUGGCAAUUUCCACACUCCAUACAACGGACGGACAAGAAACAAAUCAAGAAUCAGCCCAUUUUGACCACGUCCACUCAGCUUGCAGGGACCUAUAGCUGCACAGCGUCUAAUACCCAGGGCACCAAGACCAAAUAUUUCAUUGUCAACGAAGCUAAAGGGGAUCGUACAACCUUUGCUGUCUUGGUUGGAGUAUUUACAUCCCUGGGAGUCCUGCUCUUCAUUGCCGGCCUUUAUUUUGUGACACCCGAAGGAACGUUUUCUUUCUGCAAGGGCAGCUAUCUCAGAGGACAUCCUACCUCAGGACCUGUAUGGGGGCCCUUUUGUUCCAACAUAGUUCCCUGCAGGGUAGCCAAGCUCGUUCAAGUUGGAAUUUUCUUUUUCUCGCCCCUUGAUCGACGCCUUGGUGCAGAAAAUAACAUGGGAAACAACUUUCUUCAAUGGAUUCUGACGCUUUGCUUGUUUUACUCAGUGUCAGGUGAAGGUUGCUCCCUAAUCCUCAAGCCCUCCAGGGUGGUGGUGGGCUUUGGGGAGCCGGUGUCGGUCAGCUGUGAGGCCGCUCGCCCUGUACGUGUCCUGGGCUGGGAAUCGGCCAUCAGUGCUGCACACACUCAACAGGACCUGUCUGUCCAGUGGAAGGUAGAGAGUCUUAUUGACUGGAUAGAGGAGCCUAUCUGCUAUGGUGUGUUUUUCACAGCCCCGAGACAGUGUGAGGAGAAACUCAACCUCGUCCUCUACAAAACCCCAGAUAGCGUGUCCAUCAGGCCUGUGAACCACACUGGCCCCAUGGUGGAAGGAAAAGAGUACCAGCUGCUCUGCGAGGUUCAGAAUAUUGCUCCGGUUCAGUACCUCACCCUGAGGUGGUACAGAGGGCAGACUGAGGUUUACAACCAUUCCUUCGCUGACCUCACAUCUUCCUCGCCUGUCCAAGUGUCCUCUAUCCUCGUAGUCACACCAACCAAAGCCGAGAAUGGAGCGGAGUACAGGUGUGUAGCAGUGCUGGAGCUCGGACCAGAGGGACCACAACCACCUCCUGCCGUGACCUCGGAGCCUCUUAAUGCCUCUGUGUACUUUCCCCCAACAUUCCUCAGUCCUGAACCAGAAGUUUUGGACUUUAUAGUGGGUGCUGAAGUGAGCUUGAACUGCACUGCCACAGGAAACCCCACGCCUGUGUAUAGCUGGGAAUCCUCCCAUCCCAUUCAGGAGAGGAUGGAGGAUGAAGCAGUUCUUUCCUCCUCCUCACUGCUCCCAGGGACAUACACCUGCACUGCCUCUAAUACACUGGAGAAGAAGAGCAAACAGUUCAUUGUCAAGGCCAAGACCAAAGGUGUUUGAAACAAGAGAUGUUGAGAUGGGAUCAGAUGACCACAUUGGACAAGCAAGAAAAAUUCAACUAAGGAGAUUUCACUAUUGCAGCUUUGGGAUAUGGAAAUGACAAUGCAUUCAUGACUCAGCAGAUAUUUAUAAGGAUCAGGCAGAAUUAGAUCUCAUUUUUUUUAAAAGAUCUGAAUAUACUAUGUUUGGUAACUGUCAUUUAAUUUGUCCGUGUUUUCAGUAUUCUGUAUGAUAGAUUGGUGAUAUAGGAUAUAGUUCACUUUUUAUGCUUUCCAUGUGAUAUCCUGUAUCUAAUUUAUAUAUAUUUUUUAGAUUUAUUUUCAUUUUAAUUACCAUGUAACAUUACAAAUGUGUAGUUACUCUUGAUAUAGCAAUGAUGACUACUUUAUCAUAAAUGUAUCAACUUUAAUACUGAAUGCUAAAGAUCAGCAGGCCAUUACUGUAAAUAUAAACCCUUUCUUGAUUUGCUUUAUGAAUAAAA